AUGAUGACUACAACACCGAAUGUUGAUAUAAUGAUGGUUGGAAAUACACAACAACAACAACAAUAUUCCACCAAUAAUCAAUCACAGGUACAUAACUUUAUUAACGAUCCCAAUGAUUGGAAAUUAAAAGUAGUUUCUGGACAAUUUCGUGAUGAAGAUUUAAUUAAUAAUCAAAUUGAGUCAGAUGAUGAUGAUGGUCUUUAUAGUGAUCAUCAAUUAACAAUGGAUGAUGAUUCAGAUGAUGAUGCUUUUUUUGGAGGAAGACAACGUAACAGCCAAAUUGUCAUUACUCAUGGCAAACAUGAUUUGGAUUCUUCUUCAUCAGAUGAGGAAGAGGAAGAACAUGCCAAAUCACCUAAGAAGAUGAAAUCUUUUAGAAUGGGACAAGAUGAGGAAGAGGAACUUGAUACUCCUGCCUUUCAACAUGUCAAUUCAAUUCGUAUGAAUCAUCCCUUCUAUCAAAAGUAUGGAGAUGCUGAGAGUGGAAUAACAACUGAUGCUGCUUCACAACAACCAAUUAUUCAACAACAAUCUAUCAUUCUAUCACCUUCUUCACCUAUUGACAGUAAACAACAACAACAAUUGAAUAAUAAUAAUACAAAGAAUGAUGAACAAGAGAAACAACAAGAAUUAACAACAACAACAACAACAUCAAUUCCAGAUUGCUCAUCAGACUCAUCAGAAUCAUCAGGUUUUAAUAAUGAAGUGGUGUCAUCAUCACUUAAAGGAAGUGUGGAGCAAACGUCUACAUUUGUUCCGACAUUGUCCUCUAAACACGAUGCAACUAUUCCACAACAGCAACAACAACAAUCACUAACACAAAACACAGCAACAGUUCCAACAAUAAUAACCGAAGUUGUUGAAUUUCAACAACCUAUCAUCACCAACAACAACAAACAAACAGAAGAAUAA